CAUCUUUGAGGACGUAUUUUUCAUAUUAGCGCGGUUUAUCGAUUAUCUUGUCAAUAUAAUAGGCAAUCUUUGGUGUUAACUAGUGACAACCUAAAUGCAAAGAAUCGAAAGGGGAAGGCCUUAUGUUGCCUAGCAACACGCCUCGGCGUCCUCUGGUGUUUGCAGUGGCUUGCGGGAAUCUGAGGCCCGAUUGAGUGACCGCCCUUUUUAGACAAACGAAAGUAGAGCAACGCUGCUAGAGUCGGGAGAGAUAUAUACGCAAAAACAACUAUUUAAAGCUGCGGAACCUAACUUGAGUGUGCCAUCUUUGCAUGGAUUUCUUCCUUGUGCCUAGGUGAGGGGCUGAGCCAUGGCAGACGAGGUGGAUUGUGGCAGUGAGUUCCCAGCCCUCUAUAAAGUCAUGCUGGACAAACUGAACGAACAGAGACAGUUGGACCAGUUCACAGACAUCACUCUCAUAGUGGAUGGGCACCAGUUCAGGGCUCAUAAGGCAGUGUUGGCAGCAUGCAGUCAGUUUUUCCACAAAUUCUUCCAGGACUUCACACAAGAGCCACUAGUGGAGAUUGAAGGAGUGAGUAACUCAGCCUUCCGCCAGCUGAUGGAGUUUACGUACACGGCUACACUUGCCGUCAAUGGGCCAGAGGAGGUCAAUGACGUGUGGAAGGCAGCAGAGUACCUCCAGAUGCAGGAGGCCAUCAAGGCCCUCACCAUCAGGAUGAGUGAUGGCACUCCCGUCAGUCCGGCCCAGGACCAGGCCCUGGCGGCGGGGAAGAGCGAGAGCGAAAAGAGGAAGCCAGCGGAGACUUUUAGCGGGAUCGCGGAGACUCUUCUGUCAGUGGUGGGGGAGCAGGUGGAGAUUGAGGUGGAGAUCGGGGAGGGGGCCAUCGAGGUGGAGGAGACUGCUAUGGAGGAGGAGGUGGUGGAUGCUGCUCGGAACGCCCAGGCUGCCUCGGACGACUCGGCCCUGGCACUGCUCGCUGACAUCACCAGCAAGUACCAGCAGAGGGGGCCAAUGCUGCACGUGCUGAAGAAAGAAGGACUGGAGGAGGUGAACGAAGCACUCGGCCUCUCUAAUGCGCAUGAGAUCCAGGAGGUGGUGUCUCAGGAGGAGACAGUGACAGCUCCCAAGACUCUUGAAGGCCUGGAGGUGGUCGAGGUCCAGAUCUCUCAGCUGGACAAGAUGUUCCGCUGCAACAAAUGUGACCGCAGCUUCCGCCUCUACUACCACCUCAAACAGCACAUGCGCGCGCACGUGGCCGCCCUGGACAAGCCGCAUGUGUGUUGUCACUGCGGUAAGGCGUACAUGCGGGAGGCGGCGCUGAAGCAGCACCUGAACACGUUACAUUACGAGGCAGAGGAGCUGUCGCGCAGCCAGUCCCAGAAGAAGAAGAUGCACCUGUGUGAUUACUGUGACAAGCAGUUUGACCACUUUGGACACUUCAAGGAGCACUUACGUAAACACACCGGUGAGAAGCCGUUUGAGUGUCCAGACUGCCAUGAGCGCUUUGCCAGGAACAGCACAUUGAAAUGUCACAUGGCUGCCUGUCAAAACGGCGUCGGGGCCAAGAAGGGACGCAAAAAAGUCUACGAAUGUCAGGUGUGCAGCAGUGUGUUCAACAGCUGGGACCUUUUUAAAGACCACCUGUCGACCCACACAGGAGAGAAGCCCAACCACUGCACCAUGUGUGACAUCUGGUUCACCCAGCCUCACGACCUGCGACGACACCUCCGCGAACUGCACAGUGUCACAGACGACACACUAAUGACCCAGGAACUGGACAUCGGUGCCAUGGCAACGCAAGAGGAAGUGGCCGGGGAGGAGGACGAGGAGGGAGACGAGAGAGAGACCCUCUUACUGGAGGACGGGAUGAGGGUGGAGCAUGUUACCGUGGAGCCCGUAGACGUGGUAGUCAUGGAGGAAACGGACAUGGUGGUGGAAGAGGUGACGGAGAUGUGUGAGGAGGACGUGCAGAGACUGAAGGAGGCAGGAGUGGAGAUCCGGGUGGUGCAGGUGUCAGCGGCGGGGCAGGUGAACUCUGAGAUCCAGGUGGAGGAGGAAUCACAACAGACUGUGGAUGUAUGAAGUGGAGCUCCAUCUAAAAUCGUACCCUGUUACCCAUAAAUACAGUACCUUGGCUUUGACCAGAAGUAGUGCACUGUAUGAGGAAAGGGGUUUUAUUUGAGAUGUGCCUGCUGGUUAUGGUCAAACUGGAAAAGCUCCACCUCCUCACCCUGUUGACUAAUAGGGUAACGGACAGAGACAAGUAUUUGAAGUUGCUCACAUUUUUAGAUAUUUUUUUAGAACCUGCUCUCUAUCUAUGUGUGUCUGAGAUAUACCUGCUGAAUGCACUUACACUGACCCUGUUCAAGGUUUUGUCACAGACCGAUCAAAAGCUUUCUUUAUUUUCUUGCUUUCUUUGUUUUUUAAAAAACAUUUUAGCAUGUACAUUUGAGAUGAUCAAAAUUAAUUUGUCAAGACGGUAUGUGAUCCGUGAAGGUCCCUACUCUGUUGAAUGGUUUCACUAGCAGACGCCAGACUCUGUUGAAUGGUUUCACUAGCAGACGCCAGACUCUGUUGAAUGGUUUCACUAGCAGACGCCAGACUCUGUUGAAUGGUUUCACUAGCAGACGCCAGACUCUGUUGAAUGGUUUCACUAGCAGACGCCAGACUCUGUUGAAUGGUUUCACUAGCAGACGCCAGACUCUGUUGAAUGGUUUCACUAGCAGACGCCAGACUCUGUUGAAUGGUUUCACUAGCAGACGCCAGACUCUGUUGAAUGGUUUCACUAGCAGACGCCAGUUAUUGAUUGGAAUGCACAGUCUGUUUCACUGUCAUACAGCUGCAGACAUAUUAAGGAUGGGCCUCACUGCUGUUGCCCAGUUGGAAUCCAUCUGAAGCACAGAUCUGUUGAUAAAUCGUUCAGCGCUUGACUAAAGAGCAUGUUUUUGAUGGUGCGCAUGUCCUAACUGAUGGGGGAAUUGCUUUAAUAUUUGAAUAAAAAGAUAAUGGCUGUUAGUGUACGUAUGUUUUCUGG